CAAAAUGGCGACGGUGGGCGAAAAAGAUCUGUUACUCGCUCCACCGCCACCGAUGAAUGCUGACCAAAUCUUGUCAGAAUAUCCGUUACACUGGUAUGUUUGGAAUAAAGACGCAUCUUCUAUCGAAGAAGAACUUGCAUUGGCAAGAAGCGACAAAGAGAAAAUAGAUACUCGGGGAAGAACAGCACUCCAUUUAGCUGUGACAUUAGGAUAUCUUGACUGCASCAAAGUGCUUUUGCAAGGUGGUUGUGAUGCAAAYGCCAUCAACCAAGAMGGAUGGAACGUUUUACAGGAAGCUAUAAGUUCAGGAAAUCCAGAAAUUACAUCAUUGGUAUUACAGUACAGAGAUUACCAACGAGGAAGUCAAAGACUUGCUGGAAUUCCAGAGUUACUUGAAGAUUUAAGAGCAGCACCAGACUUUUAUGUGGAAAUGAGAUGGGAGUUUACCAGCUGGGUUCCCUUCAUGUCAAGAAUGUGUCCAAGUGAUACAUAUAAAAUCUAUAAAAGUGGUGCUGCUGUAAGAGUUGACACAACACUUUUAGGAUUUGACCAGAAUGAUUGGCAGAGAGGGAAUCGAACUUAUGUAUUUAAAGGGGAAGAAAGUGGAGGAAUGUUCUUAGAAAUUGAUCAUGACAAAAAGAGAGUCUGGAAGGAGACUUUAAGUAUUAGGGAUGAUCUUCGUGACAUAUCAUCUACUAAACCAUCAGAAGAUGUGGUUUCACAGAGAAUGUCGGCACCAAUUGUUACAACAUAUCUGGAUACAGACAAAUUAGCAUUUACAAGACACAAAACUAUGUGGGGGUGGGGUGGAGAUAAGGUUGAAACUGUUGAUGAAUAUGAAUGUAAAGUAUAUACGGGUAGCGGGGUUGAGGUUGUUACCAAAACAAGAGUGGAACAUUUAGCUGAAGAUGACAAGAAACAAGUUAAAGAAGCAUUCCCAGUUCCUCAAGGUAUUGCAGGCAGUGGUUUACAGUCUUUACUAGGUAUUGAAGAUGAAACCACAAAUCCUCUUGAGGAUGAAGGAAAAGAAGAUCUUGUCGACCCAAACUCAUCAAAUCCAUAUCAAAUCACUAUUGAAGAAUAUUUUAAUCCAAUAUCAGGAAAAGAGAGUAAAGAUAUUGGGCGGUUAAAAGAGAUGUCAACAAAAAAGCAGAAAUUCAGAGCAACUAUCUCGAUGGCUGACUCCUACCCACUAUCAUUACAAGAGCAAGUGCUACCCAUCAUUAAACUUUUGGCAAUAAGUAAUGCUCACUUUGCAAAGCUGAGAGAUUUCAUCGCACUACAUCUUCCUACAGGAUUUCCUGUAAAAAUAGAAAUACCCCUUUUCCAUGUUUUGAAUGCUAAAAUCACCUUUGGCAACAUCAAUUCAAGGGAUAACGAAGUGCUUGGCGUUGAGCAAGCAACCUCCAGCCAGGAAGAGCUCUCGACGGAAAAGUCAGAACCAGAAAUUGAGCAACCUGUGAAGCUGUGUAACAUUGAAUCGUCAUGCUUUGAAAUUCCCACAGGAUACAGACUACUUAGAGUCGGGGAACAACCAGCUCCAACAUUGCGUGAUGAAGAAGACGAAUUGUUACAGCUUGCAAUCCAACAAAGUUUGUUAGAAUAUGGCGGAAUUAACCCAGAAGAUAGGGAAGGCGUGGAAAACAAUGAUGAAGAUGAUGAAAUGCUUCAAAGGGCAAUAAGAGAAAGCAUGAAAGAUUAUGGGACAGCAGAGGGCUCAUCUGAAACUCCUCCAAGCGAAUCCCAGGGGAAUUUAGAAAGCGAAGACGAACAACUUCAACUGGUUUUAGCAAUGUCGAAACGACAAGAAACAGAAGAAGAAGCGAGAAGAAGGCAAGAGGAAGAGGAACUUGAACGCGUAUUACAGCUAUCGUUGAUCGAGAAGUGAAAAUCCUAAAGCUACUAUUUUAUUGAUUUAAAUGGUUUUAUUUUUGUUGCUGUUGGCUUAAAAGAUGUAAUUAGACACAUGAAUAAAAUUUUAAAGAUCUCAA